AUGGGGAAGUGGGGUAACCAGGGCAAGGGGGCCACCGAGCUUGAGGCGCCGAUGCCUACCUUCCAAUGGGAGGAGAUUCAGAAGCACAACCUGUGCACGGACAAGUGGCUGGUCAUCAAUCGCAAGGUCUUCAACGUCACCAAACGGUCCAGCCGGCACCCGGAGGGCUAGCGGGUCAUCGGGCACUACGCCGGGGAAGAUGCUACAGACGCCUUCCUGGCCUUCCACCGCAGCUUCGGUUUUGUGCUCAAGAUCAUGAAGCCCCUGUUGAUUGGCGAGCUGGCCCCUGAGGAGCCCAGCCAGGACCGCGGCAAGAAUUCCCAGAUCAUCGAGGACUUCCGGGCCCUGAGGAAGACUGCUGAGGUCAUGAACCUGUUCAAGAGUAACCAGCUCUUCUUCCUUCUCCACCUGGCCCACAUCAUCGCCAUGGAGAGCAUCGCCUGGUUCACUAUCUUCUACUUUGGCAACAGCUGGAUUCCAACCAUUAUUAUGGCUGUCGUCCUUGCUACCUCUCAGGCCCAGGCUGGAUGGCUGCAACACGAUUACGGCCACCUCUCUGUUUACAAGAAGUCCAUGUGGAACCAUAUCGUACAGAACUUCAUCAUCGGUUACUUAAAGGGUGGCUCUGCCAACUGGUGGAACCAUCGUCACUUCCAGCACCACAUCAAACCCAACGUCUUCCACAAGGAUCCGGAUGUGAGCAUGUUGCAUGUGUUUGUCCUGGGGGAGUGGCAGCCCACUGAGUACCGCAAGAAGAAGCUGAAAUACCUGCCUUACAACCACCAGCAUGAGUACUUCUUCCUGAUUGGGCCUCUGUUGCUCAUCCCUUUGUACUUCCAGUACCAUAUGAUCAUGACCAUUAUCGUUCGCAAGGACUGGGUGGACCUGGCCUGGGUCAUCAGCUACUACAUCCAUUUCUUCAUCAGCUACAUCCCUUUCUAUGUUGUCCUAGUCAUCCUUUUCCUCAACUUCAUCAGCUUCCUGGAGAGCCACUGGUUUGUGUGAAUCACACAGAUGAAUCACAUUGUCAUGGAGAUGGACCAAGAGCCCUACCGUGACUGGUUCAGCAGCCAGCUGGCAGCCACCUGCAACAUGGAGCAGUUCUUCAACAGCUGGUUUAGUGGGCACCUCAACUUCCAGAUCAAGCACCACCUUUUCCCCACCGUGCCCUGGCACAAUCUGCCCAAGGUCGCCCCCCUGGUGAGGUCCCUGUGCGCCAAGCACAGCAUUGAGUACCUGGAGAAGCCGCUGCUCCAGGCCCUGCAAGAUAUCAUCGGGUCCCUGAGGAAGUCUGGGCAGCUGUAGCUGGACACCUACCUCCACAAAUGA